CGGGGAUGUUCUGCAUGAAGGGCUAUCCUCCUCCUUCGCUCAAGCGGAUAAAUGUUGGUGUCAUUUCCCAUCUCUGGCCCACCUGCCCUCAACUAUGUCUGUUUACUCCAGCCUCCUCCUAGCUUUGGCAUUAGCUCUGCGACCACACAAGACUCGCCUCUGACACACUAUCUGGGACUGUGUGUUUACCAGGUCCUGCUGCGGCCGAUGUGCCUGUCAGCUGUGCUCCGUUAUUCUCGAUCUCUCUGCUCCAGACCUCCCUUCUCAUCAUUAAGUACCAGCGGGAUCCAGAAACAACAGCUUUCAUCAUUUAAAUGCAUCAGACUGAGGCGACAAAUAACUACGAUAGGGGUAAAGAUGCGUGUCCAUUUUCCUGAAAGGUUAGCAUCGUCUCCAAAACUCAAGACAGUGCCAUGUUUUCUUUAUCGUUUGCUGAACAGGACCACAUACGCAAAAAAUAAUAGUGCCAACUUCAAGUGUUGUAAAAAAUGUCGGAAUUUACAAAUAUCAAGCUGUGACAUUUGCUCUCCUUUUCGAAAAGCUUGUUAUCUGUUUAGGAACAAACGCCUAUAAUUAAAGUCUUAACUCAAAGUAAAUCAGAAUGUGUCUGAAGUUUUGAGAAAACUACGAAGAGUAUUUUGUUCGUGUUGCUGCUGUUGUGAUUUUGAAAAAUCCGAGUAGAACAUGAAGGCAGCGUCAGAAUCUCGUUUGGAGUCAGGUACGUAAGAUACGUGAUGACGUUCCAGAUUGAGCAGUGUGGGAUGGUUUGCAGAGUGGCUGCAGUAGUGAGCGCACUAUGCAAAUGUCCAAGCAAGAUUUAUUCUCACAACAGGCCUGUAUCUGCGCCAGACUUUCUGCACUGCAACAAAACUAUUUUGGAACUGACUAAAAGACUAAUUUCAAGUUAAGAGCUGGUACAACAAUACGUGGACUAGAUGAACGUAGUAAUUAUUUUUAACCCUUGAAUCAUAACAGGAAAAAUCAUUUUGUAUUUCACAAUAAAACUUGAAAAAAGUAACAUCUUGAAAGAUAAAGGCUAAAAAAAUAACCUUACAAACACUAUAAUUGUUAUUAAAAUUUAAAACAUGCUUUGAUUGAGUUUGUCACAUAUACACAGGAAGAUUUCAUUAACCAUCUUUUUUUUUUUUUUGGAGCAGCAGAAUUUGUAUGUUUAACACAUAGACUGUAUAUAAGAUACAUAUAAGAUAUGUAUGUAUAUAUGAUAUAUAUAUAUAUAUAUAUAUAUAUAUAUAUAUAUAUAUAUAUAUAUAUAUAUAUAUAUAUAUAUAUAUAUAUAUCUUAUAUACAGUUUAUGGUUUAACACCACCAGGAACUAGUCAGUGGAGAAAAAUGGAAAUGUAUCCACUGUUGAUCACCACAUUUAAACAGCUGAAAUUUUGUAGGCCUACAGGACAUGUAAACUUAAGGCUGACAAUAAGUCUACACCAAACAUACCCUAUUGAGGCUUGACCUGUACUUCAAGUUAGUCAUUCACAUAUAAAAAUUUGGAAGCUGUAUGUUGCAGUGUUGCUUUCAACUGCUUUCGUUUCAGUGGCUUAAAGGCUUUUCUGUUUGAUGUCGCACUCCAAAGCUGCAGUAUUGUAGUUUUUGUAGAUAAUAUUCAGAAAACCAUGCAAAAAGUAUGAAAAUGCAUUAAAUACUGUAUAAUUAUGGCUUUAUGCAGAGGUACAUGUCUAUGGUCAACAUUAUGCAGUUAGAAAAUUGUAGAUUGGAGAUAGUAAUUCCAUUAAUAUUAAAUAAAAAAAAUAAGUUGAGUUCUGUGGCACAGAAAUCCAAAUAUUCUGCAACGAGCAUUUUAUCAUAAAAGGUCAAAUGAAACUUAAGUCUUUUUUUUUCUACUGAGGAGAAAAGAUGUGAUGAAUAUCUGUCGUUUACACCACUAUGUAUGGUCCCAGGGUUCAGUGUCAUGGUUGAACUCUGGACUUUGAAUCAGCAAUCUGAGUUUGAAUGUCAGUACAGCCUGGUGGGUUUAAAAGAUAGUGAUGAUUACAAAAGUUUUACCAAUAAGGUUACCAAGACAACUCUAAGAAGAGGGAGUAAAGAUGAAUAUGUUGGAAACAGUCAAAUAGAUUAUCCUAAUCCGUCUGUUUAUUUUUGGUUCAAAAUUGGUAUUAUUCAAAUUUUUAAAAUGUAUAAAAUUUGACUUCUGGGUAUUUUUCAGUGGUGUUUAUGUAGAGUUGAUAAGGUCAGAGCCUAGAGCUGCAGAUAAUGUCUCCAUGGUUUUGAAACUGAAGUAAUUCAGAGAAAAUUGCACUUAUAUUUAUAAAACGGAGAAAAAGCACGAAACCUUAUCCCUUUUCAAGUUUUCUAAGGGGAAUCGUGUUAGUGUAUAUUUCAAUAUUACAUUUAACAAAAAAGGCACAAGAGUGAUGAUGGGGUUGUAUUUUUAUCAUCUAAAUAGCCUACUCAGGUCAAAUGUAUGACUUUUGCAUAACAAUCCCUUUUGUGAACUUUUAUCACCCUGUAUGGCCAUCACCUUUCUCCCUACAUAACCCGACUUUUACCCCAAUCCGUGUUAAUAAGUGACAUACUGAUAAUGAUAACAGAGAAGUGUUGAGCCAAGAGUGAAGUGCAGAGAAAACAGAUGUGUUGUUUUUAGAGAGGUAACAAAAACAUACAGCGUAUACUCCAACAUGUAUGCUGCAGAACACUGACAAAAGCCUGCAACUCUAUAACCUUUAAAAAGUUACACUAGAUGUGCAACAAUCUAAAGGGAAAAAAUCCCAUAAUUGGUCAAGUUUUUUCAUACAGUGAGCAAAGACUCAUUUUUUUCUAAACAAGGGACCAACGUAAAAAGAAAACACAAUAUUUCUUCAAUACUUCAAAACUUUCUGAAAAAUAUUUCAUCAUUUUUUAUUUGUUUCACUGGUAGUACAAGCUUGAGGGAGGUGUCCAAUAAGAUAUCCAACUGCCAAACUAGAAGUUCAGCUUUGUUAUAAAAUCUACUCAGAAUAUGAAUACAGGUGUUAGUUUUUGUGUGGUUAUUGACAGUCUUCUCACUUAUUCGUCUGCUGGUUUGGCCAUAGAAGGGCAAUAAGGACGUCCUGAAGCAGGUAAAAGGUUUUCCCAGUACUCUCUGCGAGCUCUGGAACAAAUUUGGGUUAUAAUGUUAGCAGACACACUACAACAUCUCCCCCAAACAAAUCUAACAAAUCUUUUUGUCAAAAUUAUAUGAGCAGCCUUGUUUCUGCUCAGUCUUACCUGGCUCUAACCCAGGGUUUGGUGUGCAUCUCCAGAGCAGAUCCCCAGAGCCCAUGCUUCUGCGAAGCUGGUGGAAGAAACCCUCGCUCUGCAGCCAGCUCUUCUGCUAUGGCUCUAAUAUGGUACGGCUCAAACCCACAGCAGCCGCCGAUGUAGCGAAUUCCUGCAUUGUAAGCUUCUCUGGCGUACUUAUGGAUGUCCCAGCGAGUAAGUGAUCUGGUCUCCAGAGCUGUAAUGAAGGUCAGAUCAUUUUGUCUAGGCUUUUAGGGUGAAGGAUCAGAAGCACUUUGUCAACUUAAAUUAUUAUUUUUUUUAUCUGACACAAAAAGAAAUGCUGACCAAAAGGGAACUCGGGGAGGCUGAGGUAUCCACUGUGGUUGCACUCAGGUGUGUGAAAGCCAAGAGGCUGGACCAUGAGAUGGGCUUUGAGACCAGCUUUUUCUAACCCUUCUUUCAUCAGCUUCACAGUUCGAACACAUGUCAGAGGGUCCAAGUGGCAGUUAAUUCCAACAAUGUCAGCUCCUGCGCAUGAAAACAUCAAAUUCAGACUGUAAAUAUACAACAUGAACACAGACUAAGUUAGAUAAAUAGAUCACAGAAGCUUAGUGUACCAGCUUUGACCAGCCUGACGGCACACUCUCCAGGAGGAACUCCAUUCAUAUCUCCCUGAGGCGAGAUGCACAGUGUUGCACCCACUGGUUUACCGCCCGUCUUCAUCACCUCUAGUGCCCACACUGCCUCUUCCACGUGUUCAAAAUACUGCAGAAAAAUUUUUUUGAUUGUCAAAUUUUGUCUCAGGAAAUCAAGCAGAAAAAAACUGAAGAAAUAGCGAGCAAGCAAAUAUUUUUUCAUUCUGCCACAAUGUGUUCACUAAAACUCAACUUCUAACUCUGUUUGAAUUUUGCUACCAAGCAGGCACCACAUCAUCAGAGUUAACUGGAAAUUAAAUACUGAGACAACAAGUCUAAUAAGUUAUGUAGAGUUUCAUAGUCUAUUACUGUCAUUGCAAACAUUACGUAUUUUGAUCAAAUUCUCAUUAUUUUAUGUUUAAGUAGACAAAAAUGAACUCUACAUACCUCCACCAUAAAGAAAUCAAUGUCUUUCUUUAGGAAGUCAUCCAGCUGUUUCUUAAAGAUGGCCUUCACCUCAUUCUCGCUGCGACUUUUUAUGUAACAGGGAGUCUGGGACACACCCCCAGCAACCAGCGCAUCCCCUUCAUCUGCUACCUCCCUGGCAAUGUCACAUGCAGCGUCAUUGAUCUGAGCCCCCUAGAUCAGACAAAAGCACAACAUUAUCUCCUCAUGUAAACUCAGAAUUAGUGCUAUCAUAUUUUCCUAUUUUACCAACAUAGUUUCUGCACUUACAGUGAUGCUGUUGACAGUGCUACUGAUCUCCAGCUUAUCCUCGCUGCAGUAGAAGGUGAAGGUCUGCAUCACGUUGGCUCCUGCUCUCAGGAACUCUCGUGCCAGCUGCCGCACUGACAGAAAUGAAGACAAGUGGUUAAUUUGAUACUCAGGUGAACAGAUUCUGAACAAAUAAAAGCAGGUUUUAACACAUGAACUCUGCAAUGUUUGUAAACGCAAGAGCUGAAGACUGCUUCAUUUUGAUGAGGGAUACAGGAAAGGAACAGAGAUAUGGAGCAGGAAAACAUCCAAAACAUACAGGACAGUGGGCCUCGAGGACUGGACUUGAGAAUCACUGGCCAAAAGGCUCAAUUUACCCCAGAACUACUAUUAUGACUUUAUAAAUUCUCUAAGCUAAAAUGGUGGACUUUUAUGCUAGGUUUUUGAUCGCAUGUUGUAGCUCAUAGAUACCACAAUUGAUGUAUAAAACAAAUUUAAAAUGAUCUUUUUUGGUCUGAACACAACUCUAAUAAAACUUAUGACAGACUAAAUUCACUUUCAAGAGUGAAAAAUGAUUUUUUGGAAAUAAAUGUCUAACCCCUUCACCCAUGUGCUUCUAACCGUCACAGACUCCAUGAAUUGAUUCCCAUCUCCUAAAUUUUUGGUCACAUGAUCAAUUUCAUUUACCAUUUCCAAGCAACAGGGGGUGGCUCAACUUACCCCACUCUCCCCUAACUCUCUGUUGGGAUGCAGUAAGGGGUUAUUUUUGCCCUUAAAUGUUUUGUAUAGCAACUUCUAGUUUUGUGUUUUUUUUACCUGCUUCAGGAUGUUCUACAGCAGCUUCAGGUGUCCAGUGUCCACCCGUCACAUAGCCACGCCGCUCUAGCUGUAAUACAUAACCUCCAUCACCCACUACAACCUCCCCUGCAUUCAGGCGCUCCAAGAUACCCUGAAGGUAAACAAACAAAAAGUUACACACAGAGGACUGAUCACAGCCUCUGACAUGCAUGCAUGUACAUUCAGGUAUAGUUUCACAUGUCCCCUCAUGCUGGAGAAUGAAAAGCAGAAAACGGGUAACUCAGGUCUGAAAUUCCAUCCAUGUCAUGCUGCACUGAAAUGUUAGUGUUUUUGGAGAUGGGGCGAGUUUAUGAAACUCUUUGCCUAUUUGGCAACAAUACUCAAAGUAGUUAAGAUCUACAAUGAAUCUUCAACAUGUGCGUAAACCUGUAAACUGCCUGUUGGUUCGUCCUCACUUCUCAGCCAAUAGAUGACCGUAAUGGUUAAUAUGUGACAGCAUUUGGUUCACUAAUCGCUCAUAUGUAAUUUCCAGUAAAAUGAUCUCCUAGGAAAUUAAAUGCAAUUUUAAAUCGGCUAUUUAUUCCUAUGAUCUGAAUGAAUCAUUGACAUAAUUUUGACUGAGUUCAAUAUCUUCAGCUGAUAAUAUUCAGUCUGAUUUAAGCACCUUAGACUGACGCUCUGCAUGUCAUUGACUGUAGACUAUAAAUUCUUCAAACCUUUUAUUAGAUCUGAAAUUACGCUGGUAUUAGCUUUAUGCAGUCCCCAAACGUAAACUUAUUACACACCUGCUCAAGUGCAAGAAGACUAUAAAACGCUUCUUUGACUUACCCUCCUCUUGCUCCCCAUUAUAGUCAAUGCACCGCUUGGUGGUAGUUAAAUUAAAAGGUGAAAUGAAGGUUUUCUGAAGUCUGUGCAGAGAUGAGCUCCAGCGGAAAUCUUGAUCACAGUGACGGUGCCAGAAGUCACUCGGGAGGGCUGCAGCUGCACACUCUCGGCGGGUUGUAGGCCUUUAAUACACGACCCAACAGCGACACUCCCCCUACCGGCGACCCGCCCCCAAGCUGUCCCCCUUAUCUUUUAUUUCACGUUAAACAUCUGUAGAUUUAAAAUUGUUUAUAAUACCAAAACUAAUGCAGAAGUGCGAAUAAAAGCGUUACAACUCUUUAAAAGUAUUGUAAAGAUAAAAAAAUGCAGCCAUGCACCAUCUGGAGUAAUAUAGUUUACAUGUUAAGUUUAUUAAACUUGUAAAACCUGGCUAAUGAUUAAAAGAGCACAAAUUAUGGUUCUAUUAAAAUGUGUACAUACAUAUGUCUUUAAAAAAUGACAAAGUUAAAAUAUUUCGGUAUAUUCAUCCUUCACCAAAAUAUUCAGCUACAUAAAACAAAGAUGAAUCACAUUAAAUUCUAAAACUGCUGGUUUUAUGAAAAACAACCAGGACCACUGUGUUCUCAUAUUUACCCACAGAUUUAGAGGUAGUAAGCACAAUGACAUAAAAGGAGAAUAAAAACGCUAAAACCAAGCUGUGGUUUUCAGACUGAUCUCACUGGUCAAGUGAAAUGGUAAAAACUAACGAUUAUGAUAGCAUGUUAAGGUUCCAUAUUUUUCUCAUAAUCAGCUUCUGGUGUGGACAUAGAAGGGCAAUAAGGACGUCCUGAAGCAGGUAAAAGGUUCUCCCAGUACUCUCGGCGAGCCCUAAAGAUAAACAGUAGUAGAUUAGUUGGUUGCAAAUCAAAAACAUGCAGAGAACAAACACUCGAUUCUCCUCUUUACUUUCUUUCAUUUGUAUUAUCUGAACAAUAAAUUAGAUCAUUGAUAAACUACUCAAUGUUUCUGCUCAGUCUUACCUGGCUCUAACCCAGGGUUUAGUGUGCAUCUCCAGAGCAGAUCCCCAGAGCCCAUGCUUCUGUGAAGCUGGUGGAAGAAACCCUCGCUCUGCAGCCAGCUCUUCUGCUAUGGCUCUAAUAUGGUACGGCUCAAACCCACAGCAGCCGCCGAUGUAGCGAAUUCCUGCAUUGUAAGCUUCUCUGGCGUACUUAUGGAUGUCCCAGCGAGUCAGCGAUCUGGUCUCCAGAGCUGAAAUGACGGUCAGAUAUUUAAGGUUAGCCGUUUUUAAUAGUGAUAUUGUAGAUAUUGUGUAGUGAUAUUAUAGAAUAAAAUGUAUUAAGUGAUAAACAUUUUUAAUAGUACAAUUGUUAAUGAAAAAGAAGAAAUCUAAAUUAUGCAUAAUAUUAAAUGCUGACCAAAAGGGUACUCAGGGAGACUGGUGUAUCCACCAAAGUUGCACUCAGGUGUGUGUGAUCCCAGAGGCUGGACCAUGAGAUGGGCUUUGAGACCAGCUUUGUCUAACCCUUCUUUCAUCAGCUUCACAGUUCGAACACAUGUCACAGGGUCCAAGUGACAAUUUAUCCCAACAAUGUCAGCUCCUGCACAAGAAAACGUCAAAUUCAGACUGUACGUAUACAACAUGAGCCCAGACUAGGUUAAAUAACUAGAUCACAGAAGCUCAGUGUACCAGCUUUGACCAGCCUGACGGCACACUCUCCAGGAGGAACUCCAGCCAUGUCACCAUGAGGCGAGAUGCACAGAGUUGCACCAACUGCUUUACCACUGGUUUUUAGCACCUCAACAGCCCACACUGCCUCCUCAACAUGGUCCACAAACUGCAGGAGAAAUGAGUGGUGAAAAAUCUUUUUUAAAUUUGACAUUAGAUGGAAAACAAAAGAAAAGCCUCAACAUAUGCAUAUUACGACCUUUUGUAUAAUAAGCCCUUGAUUCAUACCUCAACUAUAAAGAAGUCAAUGUCCUUCUUGAGAAAAUCGUCCAUCUGUUUCUUAAAGAUAGCCUUGACAGCAGUCUCGCUGUGACUCUUGACAUAACAUGGAGUCUUUGACACGGAUGCAGCAACCAACGCAUCACCCUCAUCUGCCACCUCCCUGGCCAGAUUGCAGGCUGCGUCAUUGAUCUGAGCCCCCUAGACCAGAUGAAAAGAAAAUCACACGGACAUGAGGAGAUUAUUUAUCAAGUCUUAAGGGUAAACCACUAGACAGUGUUGGUAGGUUUGUCUAAAUGUUUCUAAUUAUUUACGGACAGUGAUGUUGGCGACACUUCCACUGCUCUCCAGCUUAUCCUCGCUACAGUAGAAGGUGAAGGUCUGCAUCACGUUGGCUCCUGCUCUCAGGAACUCUCGCGCCAGCUGUCGCACUGAAAGAAAAGUGGGCUUUUGUGGGUAACACAAGGUUUUCUGUGUCUUUCUGUGUCUCUAACAAGAACCUGUGCCACAACAAUAAAAGAAUCUGUAACCCAUACCUGCUUCAGGAUGUUCAACAGCUGCUUCAGGUGUCCAGUCCCCGGCUUUCACAUAGCCACGCCGCUCUAGUUGUAAUACAUAACCUCCAUCACCUACAACCACCUCCCCCGCAUUCAGGCGCUCCAAGAUACCCUGAGGGGAAACACACAGAGGAAUGUUGAAUUAAGGAAUGCAUUCAAUGUUGUGUUUUUUCAGAGUUUUUUAAUGGUAUAAAUGUACACCUGUACAUAUGUUCUAAGCAGGCUACAUUACUAAAGCAUGCUGAUACACUUUAUCUCUGUUCACAAUACCCUUGCAUUUGAUCCUAAUGAGGCCUACAUUCAACAUACUUGCAUAUAUUAGCAGAGAAAAAUGAUUGAAACAUUUGCUUCACUUGCUGCUUAAAGACCUGUAAAACUCAGAUGAGCUUGAGAUGAAUAGCAUAAAUGGAUAAAUCUUGGUUUUCAUACCCUUCUCUUCUUGCUCUCCAUGACACAAAACUUCUCAGGUCUCGGUUAAUCGACUGUCGACGUUCACGCGUUGAGUGUUGCGUGGAAGCACAAUCUAGAAAUGAUCAGUUACUAGUAAACUGUUACAUAAGUCAGGGACCAGGGUAAUGUAAUUUCACAACUACACAACUCAUAACACCUUAUCUAUAGACGCGGCUGACUUCAAACACAGCGGCCUGGACUCUUGAAGUAUGCGGUUCGGAUGAUAAUUGUGCAAUAAAACUAAUAAUAACAGUGCAAUAAAACUAACAGUAUGUAGCUUCUUCUUCGUCGUCGUCUCCUUCUUCUUCUUCUUCUUUAUUUCCUGCAGAGUAGACGCCGCACGGCCUACUUCUGCCCUCCACUCGUCUCUUGUUUAAUCUGAUCUUGUUGUAUGGUCCAGUUGCAUGCAGGGACUGCAGCACUGCUUUGGACAUCACCUGGUGGUUUUCGUCAUGGACAAAUAAAUCGCUUAUUCCACAUUCGGUCCUCUUGUUCAAAAGGGGGCGCUACUGGGCAUUUUAGAAUUACAGUAACAGGUAAUGGCGUCACUUCCUGGCGGGAAAGCGAUGUAAACAAACUCAAAAACAAAGUUGACCACAGCGUCAACUCCCAACUUCACAUAUGACAGUCUCUGAAUGAUUUUAACGAGUAAAGUGUAACAGAGAAACAUUUGCUGUCAGAAAAAAAGGCUUUAUAACAACGAAGUCUUCCUAACCGUGGAGAAAAGCGCUCUUUACCUUUGAUUUUGGCUUUUUAGUCACACUUUAAGACAAGGUAGGACUGUUUACAUUUUCAUUUUCCUCUUGAUGAUGCUGUAACCCAAAGAAUAGUUUCAUGUUACUUUACAAACGUACAGUUAAUGAGUGUGAUUGUCAAUCAUGUACCGUUGUUACCACUGCGUGUAACGCUACACCGACCAAAUAGGGGAGAGUGGGGUAAGUUGGGCCACCCCCUGUUGCUUGGAAAUGGUAAAAAGAAAUUGAUCAUGUGACCAAAUAUUUAGGAGACGGGCAUCAAUUCAUGGAGUCUGUGAAGGUUAGAAGCACAUGGGUGAAAGGGUUAGACAUUUAGAUACAACUCAACUUACUUGCAAAGACUCACAUUUUCAUCUUUUAUCGACAUGAUCAGAUAGCUGAUUUUUACACUUAAAACUUGUCAUUGAGGACGUGGGUAGGUGCUGGAGUACAUUCUUCAAACGUGAUCCUAAUGAAUUCCCUUGUUUGUUUAUGAACCAAUUUUUAAUGUUGGUGAGUUGGGAAUAAGCUUUAGCUGUGUCACACCCAUCGAGUCACUGUUUCCAUUGACAUUCAGCGCUUCAUCUGUUGUAGCAGUUACAUUUCUCCUUGAUGUAUUUAAAUCUUCACAAUCCUUGUAGGCAGAAUCAGCUUCUUGAGAGAUCUCACAGACUUUCUUUGUCCCCCCCAGACAUCUUCCCUGUUUUGUCAUGGACCCAUCCGACAUUAUGGGAAACCUCAACCACAUGGUUGGGGCUGUGAGACUCAAUGGUGCCCCUGCUCCCGACCACACCACUGGACAGAAGGAAACUUCACCAGCGGACAUGCUUAGGUUCUUCCAAUGAAUCUUAGGGAUGCACAAUAUUAUUGACAUACAAUAAGUAUCGGCAGAUAAGAGCUGAAAAAGAAAAAAACACACAUUUUUAAGUAUAGUAGAAUUAUAUGUUUUUGUCUUGUCAUGUGUCUCUUUUUCAAAACAAAUGGAGAGGAGAAACAGGUAUUCUUUACUAUGUAAAAAGUGUUGCAUACAAAUUGUAAUGGUUGAAAUGUUUGAGAAUAUCAACUUAUCUGUAAUCUGCAAAAGACAAAUAUUGUGCAUCCUUUGUAAAUCUGCCACAGCACUUCUAUACACAUAUGUAGUUCUUUCAGCUACAGUGCCUGAGUGCUGGUUUAUUUACAAUUUAUUUUUAUAUCUAUCAUUGUGGCAUUACUGUAUUUUCAGAAUGAGACAGCAGAUGUCCAAUCAGUGCUUUGAGAUGACAGUACAGAUCAAUGCAGGUGUGUUACCAGAGGAAUUAAUUCAAAUGAUAUUGUUUGAUUGAGUUUAACAAGUAAUGUCAUUCACAUGAAGUUUCCCUUGACAGGAAAAAGUAGAAGAUCGUGCAGCACAUCAGAAGCUGAAAGAGACCUGUGAGUGUUUGAAAUUAGUCUAUAGAAUUUACUUAAAGAUUUCAACACAAAAUUAAGUUUUUUCUUUUUUGCACUGUGAAAAGAAUUGCUCACUGAUCAUGUGUGUUGUGCCAUUAAAUGUUGCAGGCCAGAUCAUGUAGAUGAACUGGAAAGAAUUAAGACCACAACUUUUAACAGAACAUUGGCCCUACACAGGUAAACCUUUGCUUUAUUUGUUUCUUGUCAUGUCAUCAGUUUAUAGAAAAACUCAUAUUACGAAGGCAGUGAGCUUGAUGAAAUUGUCCAAUAAUGCAUUCAACUUGUGCCUUACAGAAUGCAGAUGUGGCAUGCAAUCGGGGAAAAGCUGAAACAAACUGAUCCUGAGGCAGAGUGAGUCAGUCAGAGCAUAUUGAACCAACUGACAUAUAUUAAAUUUCAAAGUGUUGGUUGAUUUAAUCAUAUAAUUUUGUUUCUCUCAGCUUCCUGACAGCUUUAAGUGAUCGCUGCUUGGCUUUAUGUUCGCAAAUAAAAACGUUUCAGCAAGUAAGUGGAAACAUCAUGUGUAUAGUCAAUGGUGACAUUUCCUUGUAUGAAACUACUAGACACAUAAGAAACAUGCUGUACACAUUGACGUUUAUGACUUUCAGUAAAACCAGAAAAUGACACUUGCAGAUGCUUUUAAUGUACCUGUUGCCAUUAAAUACAGAAUUCUGUUCUGUAUCAGAACUGCUCAUAAGUAAGACAUAUGAUCUGAAACUUAAUUAAAAGAACAACAUUUUAUAUUAAAUAGUCUUUUCUUCCCAGGAGUCGAGUGUUCUUCAAGAUGAGAUCACAGAAAUACAGAAGAAGCGGCUUGGUAAGUUGAUAGUUAGAAUAAAAUGUUAAAAUAAGACUGUGUCAAACUCUUGUUAUUUUACAAAUCCCCUUUUUAUGUGUUUGUGCAGAAAUGAAGCGGCUCACACAUGAGAAAAUGAAAGAGAUCGAGGAGUUGAUGAAGAAACAGCACCCACACACAGAGAAGUACAAAGCUGUGCUGGAGAAAGGCCAGGACAACCUGGAGAAAUAUAGAAAGAUGAUCGUCAUGACACAGAAUGUUCUCAGGGUAAAUAGUUGAAGAAGAAAAAAAUAAAUAAAUGCAUUUAAUAAGUUUUGCAGACUUGGUUUUAAUAUAUGUCUUUUCUCAGGGAGUCCUCAUGGCCUGCAAAAUAAAUUGGCUGGAUGACCCCAAACUUCGAGACAUCGCCAUGUCACUGGAAGAUAUUCCCAUUUCGGAUUAAAAAGAGAAUUCAUUUGUUUCAUGAUAAUAUUAUGAUCCUGUUUUUAUCGAAUAAAUCAUCAAAAAAAA